ACCAAAGUAUCCGCCAUAUUGUCACAUGCUCAUUGUUAACCCAACUCACAUGACCUGUUGUUUGGCCCCGUGAUCAACUUUGUUGCAUCCCCUGGCAAAUUCAAAACAUUUGGGUCAACCACAUGGAUAUGUUAGAUCAAGCCUUAGAUAGCAGCAACGGAGACAAGGUAAAUGAUUCAGAUUCAUCUGAUGAUACCUCACAUGUGCAAGUUGAUGAUGGUUCUGUUAACCCAGUGGACAUACAGGUCGUUGAAAGUGGCACAGAACUUCACGCUCCGCACCAUGUCAGUAAUCUUCUUACUCCUACACUCCAGUAUCAACUAAGAACAGAAAAUGGUCAUGGUACUGUGACUUACCGUGUGGUACAAGUAGCAUCGGAUUGCGAUGUGAACGUGGACAGUUCUGGCCAUGUCGUCACUACAGCGGGAGCAUUAAUUGGCCAGCAAGUUGCUCAAACAAUCAUUACCAAUUACUCCUCACCAAAUGGUGAUAUAAGUCCAACAUCAGAUGCCCAGACCACAGAUGCAAGGUUUGCUUAUUUUCCUGCUGUCAGUGGAGCCAUCACAGAUGGGGGCGUGACCACAACUCAGCCUGAAUCGGCCACACUGACAGCAUCUAGCCCCGGGCAGUUUUAUGUAAUGAUGUCUCCUCAAGAUGUGCUACAGCCAAGCCAAAGAACGAUAGCUCCAAGAACACAUCAGUGUAGUCCAAAAUUAGAUGUUACAAGAACAGUGAAAGAUGAACAGCGUAAAGCCACCCAUAAUGAGGUGGAAAGAAGACGGCGAGAUAAGAUUAACACCUGGAUAAUGAAGUUGUCAAAAGUGGUGCCCAACUGUACCGUGGAUCAUACUAAACAAGGCCAGGUGUGUGUUGUAUAUAUGUACAUGUCAGUGUAUUGUGGAUCAUACUAAACAAGGCCAGGUGUGUGUUGUAUAUAUGUACAUGUCAAUGUAUUGUGGAUCAUACUAAACA